CUGCGGCCCCCAGAGAUGUCAGAAAUCUCCCAGCCCCAGUCAGUGACGGCAGGGAAGAAAGUCACCCUGAGCUGCCGCGUGGCAGGGCAUUUCCCAGGGGAGCUGGGGGUGACUUGGCUGCGCAAAGGCAGAGGAGAGGCUCGUGCUGCGCCCCUGCAGGACUCGGCCGAGUACCAGCUCGUCCCUGGCCAGCCUGUUCCAGCCGCGGACGGGAAGAGCUUCCAGCAGGAGGCCAAGCUCCUCUUCACCCCCUCGGUGCGCAGGGACCAGGGGGCCGAGUACAUAUGCCGGGUGGGGCACGCAGCCCUGCAGACCCCCGCGGAGCGAUGCAGCACAGAGCUGCAGGUGACAGCCUCGCCAGAGCUGUCUGGGAUCCAGGUGUUACCACGCUGGGACCCCCCGGAGGAGGUGCCUUUUGCCGUCGACCUGCAGAACUUCUUGCCCCGGGAGAUCCACUGCAUCGAGUGGAGCGUGGACGGAAAAGCGUGGGAACGGUCGGAGCCGAGUGACUGGAGGGAGAACGAAGACGGGUCGUUCAGCGCCAGGAGCGUGUGGAGGGUGCCCAGCUGCAGACUGACCAGCACAGAGCAGCGAGUGCGAGUGUCCGUGCAGCACCAACCCAGAGACCGCCCGAUUGAGGGAGAGCUCAGCCUCGCAGACACCGGUCUCCUGCAGCCCCCAGACGUGUCGGAAAUCUCCCAGCCCCAGGCAGUGACGGUGGGGAGGGAAGUGGCCCUGAGCUGCCGCGUGGCAGGGCAUUUCCCAGGGGAGCUGGGGGUGACCUGGCUGCGCAAGGGCAGAGGAGAGGCUCGUGCUGCGCCCCUGCAGGACUCGGCUGAGUACCGGUUCGUCCCUGGCCGGCCUGUUCCAGCCGCCGACGGGAAGAGCUUCCAGCAGGAGCCCAGACUGGUCCUCACAGCCGUGGAGAAGGGGGACCUGGGGGCAGUGUUCAUUUGCCGUGUGAAGCACAUUGCCCUGGAGACCCCCAUCGAGGGACACAGCGGGGAGCUGCAAGUCACAGGACACCAGGAUGCCCCCAUGUCCCAGGAUCCUGAGUCCAUGGAAGGGAAAGCAGAUGAGGGAGCCCCAGGGGACGUGAGCGGUUCACAUGACGGGACAAAGGAAGGCACGUCCGUGCAAGAGCAGGGGGCCGGGGCCCUGAGCAGUGAGGAGGAUGGGGACAGGGCUGGUGCCCCCAGGACCUUGACUGUGGCUGCAGGCAGUGAGGAGAUACCAGCGGAGCCCUGGCCUCAGCCCGGCGCAGGGAGCCCGGACAUACCAGCAAGGGGAAAGAUGCAAUUUCCAGAUGCCGGGACUGUGAAAGACAGCACACAUGUUUGAGGCACCCACAACCCCAUGUGACCCUGAAUAAGGUU